CAUGCGGGCGGCGUAGAUAAUGCAUGUGCCCGGCCAAUUUGACCCGCCCGCGGACCCUCCGAUUUAGCGGCGGCCACAUGCUCCGCGUCGCUUUCGAGCCAAACUGGAACAACGGCGGGUAGCAACCACCAACCACCUACCUGCCUCAGAAAGGCCUCGCUCGCUCGCUAACCCAGACCACCAUUCCCCGUAACGAUCCCAAUGAACACCACUAGCCUGCUAGUGCUACUGAAUCCGCGCAGUACAAUUCUUCUUAUUCCCUCCAAUUCUACUGCCAGCUUACCUGCUGCUCCAACGAAUCCCAACUAAUAUUCCGCCAAACAAAGCAAGGAGAUAUACUUGGGGUCGCAUCAUAAGAGGGUGGCCGAGGGCCAACGCGGCCACACCAUAGGGCUCUUCUUACCUUGCUAGCUCCACACCUUUCUCGUAGGCUCGUAGCGUAGUGUGUUAGGCUGGUCGUCGUCCUAGCUAUCUAGCCAGCUCGUCGGCUGGCCAUGGGAAGGGCGGUGGCGCCGGUCCUCGCGCUGGCGAUCAUCGCCAUCGCGGCGUCGACUGCCGCGGCGGCGGUCGACGGGGUGGUGAAGUGCGGCGGGUGUUCGCCGUGCGGCAGUACUGACUGUCCUGUUCUGUACCCGUCGCCGCCUCCGCCGUACUACUACUACAGCCCUCCGCCACCGGUGACCUACCCUGGGUGGCCAUCGUACUACCCGCCGCCGCCGGGGGCGUACAUGCAGAUCGGGAGCACGCCGCCAGGCAAGGGGCCUCUGUACCCGCAGGACCCCGGGUUCAUGCCUUCCAGCGCGCUGCGGCGUGCGACGAGCCGCGCCGUCACGGUCACGGUCGCCGCGUUUGCCGCGUUGGCGAGCGCCUGGGCCUUCUUGUGAUCUGCAUUCCCUGGACGGCGAGCGUCUCCGGUAAGCAGCGACGGAGUAGAUCGUGCCGGCGUUCCACGGAUUUCCCUGUGUAUUUAUGCAUGCAUCUUGUAAUAAUGAUUUUCACUGCCCGUAUGGUCUGUAGUAGUUCUUGCAAUGUAUCAAGGUUUUUUCGCUUUAGUUUUUCGUUACGGUUUUAGAACAUUCACUUGUAAGAAAUGAAACGCAAAGCAUAAUGUGGGACUAGCAGGUAAUUUCAUA